AUGCCUGAUACAACUGCCCCGCGAAAGGGCACGAGAAGAGCCUGUGACCCUUGUUCCAUUCGCAAAGUUCGAUGUGACGGUAACCAUCCGUGUGCAAGAUGUAUCGCCGCAAGUUGGGAUUGUACGUACCUCAAAACUCAUGGAAAAUCCGGACCCAAGGGACCCAGGAGGACGACAGAAGCCGCCAUCAGGAGGUUGCAAGAGCGCAACCGGUCGAAUUUUGAAUUGCAUCGAAGUGACAGCGAGACCAGCCUUGACAGUGGGAGUCCAAGUACCGCCGACAUCCCUUUGGUAGACCACCUGCCAAUCGGUGACUCCAACUUGGAUGGAACAGGAUGGCCAGACAUACUGUCGCCUCCACUACAUCCUGCGAUUCAGAGAGAACCUCAGCGCAUAUCUACAUCGUGUAUCUCCCAGUAUCUUGAAAUCUUCCGUGAGAGGGGUUAUCCAAUAUGGCCAGUCAUCGAUACGGAGCCCUUGAUAGCACGGCUGCUCACUGCCCCGGAGGACAUGGAGGCUUAUGGCUUAGCGUGUGCAGUCUGCGCGGUUACGAUAAGUCAAUUUCAGAUUGACUCUGAGCCAGGAAGCCCCGUAGAGGGUCACUUUCGAGUAACCAGUGCUCUCUUCGCAGAGGAAGCGAAGAGAGCGCGUGAAUUAUCUGAUCACCUCGAACACGUUACUAUAUGGUCUGUCCUUGGGAGUUUCUUUCUUCAUGUACACUCGGCCAAUGUCGGCCGAAUGUCGACGUCGACGAACCUACUCGGCGAAGCGAUCACCAAGGCACACAUCAUUGGCCUACACCGGAUACAACACUAUCAUACAAUGGAUACGGAGCAGGAGCAGCAUAGCUUGCGGGUGUAUUGGCUCCUGUUCAUAACAGAAAGAGCUCAUUCCAUCCAACACGAUGUGCCCACGAUGCUUAGACGCACUCCCGGGCUUCCACAGAUGGUGGAUCUCCAUGAUGGAGCUGUAACACCCGCGUUUAUUCAACUCUGUCAACUGUUCCAAAUCUUGGACAAUACCCUGACCGCCGACCCUUCAUCCGUCCGUGAAGCGUUAUCAAGGGCUCAACAGCAACUUAGCGAUGAUAGUGGAUCUCGCUCGUUAGAGAAUGAACUUGCUAGGGCCGACAUAUCGAUGACUCAGCAGUGGAUGCGGAUCUUCCUCUGGCAACAUGCUCUGGGAGUGACAAACUUGAGAACGACGGUGGAGAAUGAUGAGUUCUCUUUCUCUUAUCCGGCCACUGUCGCACAGAAUGCACUGAGCUUCCUAGGAACGCUAUCACGGCAAAGCCUUGAAGCUCACGGUCCAGGGAUGGAAUCUAAACUCUUUGACAUAGCAACAUCCUUAGCCGAUGUCAUGAUAUGUGUUCCAACUAUCAAUUAUGAUGCUGGCUUCUCUAUCGGUCCAAGGGAUCUGAUACAUGAGCUUUCAACGUUGCUUGCUUCUUUCCGAGGCGGAAACCCUGCAGUCAUCAACAUCCUACAAGAGAAAAUGAGCGCGCUGGGAUUGAGUACAUCGUCGCCUCGAUUACUCACCGAUGUCUCAUCCUCAGAAGAUGAACACGAUACGUCGCGCGGACUCCCACAAUCCACUUCUUGGAGCGACAUGUCGCUAUAUACCCCGCCAUCAACGACAUUUUCAGAGUUGCCACCGGCGAUGGCGGCCAUGAGUAUGUCGAUGUAA